GACUCUCUCUCUCUCUUUCCCUCUCUCUCUCUCUCUCUCUCUCUCUCUCUGUCUGUUCCAAACGCUAUCGUUUCUCCGACUGGUUUCCUGAACGAUCAAAAUCUCGGCUGAUUUUUAUAACGUCUUCGUUUCUGUUUCUUUCUACCCACAAGUUUCAUUGCCAAAACCGGCGAGGAUAGGAGAGACUUGGGCAUUGGCCGCCAGCUUUGCAUACUGAGAGGAUUGGAUUUGGAUUUGGAAGAAGAGAAAUGAGUACAAAACUUUUGGAAAUUCAACCGAAGGAACUCAAAUUUACGGUUGAAUUGAAAAAGCAUAGCUCAUGCUCAGUUCGACUUGUCAAUAACACCGAACACUCUGUUGCAUUUAAGGUUAAAACUACGUCACCUAAGAAGUAUAGUGUGCGUCCAAAUGUAGGCAUUGUUUUGCCAAAGUCAACCUAUGAUUUUACAGUUACAAUGCAAGCUCAACGGACAGCUCCACCUGAUAUGGAGUGCAAAGACAAGUUCUUGAUCCAAAGUACAAUAGUUCCUUUGGGAACAACUGAUGAGCACAUCAUGUCUAGCAUGUUCACUAAGGAUGGUGGGAAGCACAUUGAAGAGAACAAGCUGAGAGUGAUGCUCGUUAGCCCACCCCAUUCACCGGCACUAUCACCAAUUAAUAGAGUGGUAAAACAGGGGCUGGAUCAGGAAGAUUCACAGCUGGAAAAUCAAGCUUUGGGUAGAGUCAAAACACUGAAAAUGGUUGCUAUGGCUGUAGACGAGUCUGAAUUGGUUAAUGACAAGGUGCAAAAGCAAGAAAAUGAUGUGGAGUUGAAAACAGUGACGGAUGCAGAACAGAAGCCAGCGAAGGUUGCAGGACAGAAGCCAGCAAAAGUUGCAGAACUGAAGCCCGCAAAGGAUCUAGAAUAUGAACCAGAAAAGGAUGCAGAGUUUGGUCUGGCAGAAGAUGAGGUGUUAAACUCUGUAAAGAUGGUAGAGAAUUUGAAUAUAGUUAAAGAUAUUGAGGAGAUGAAGUCAAAAUUAGAAUUUCUUGGAUUGAAGCUAAGGGAGGCUGAAGAUACUAUUUAUAAGCUAACAGAGGAGAGGAAAUCAAGCAUUCAAGAUAUAGAAGACUUGAAGGAGAAACUUGCAGAGUUGAGCAGAAUAGGAAUAAAAAGAAUUCAAGUCGGGUUUCCUCUUCUAUUUGUUUGUAUGGUGGCACUUAUCAGUGUUUUGGUUGGAUACCUUUUACAUCCUUAAGCACUGCACAAAGCUUUAACAAUAUAUUUGAUAGUUAGAGGUAUAAUGUACACGAAUCCCUUCCCUUCCCCCAUAAUAAAUGUUCUGGGGAGGUAUUUUAGUCAUGUUCAAUCUAGCUAGUCGGUUUUACUCAGAAAUCAGAAUGGAUUAUAAACAUGCCUCCUGUAUACAUUUUCUUUGGUUGGUAAAUGUGUGUGAAUGAACUCCUUGCUUUGAUCAACAGCCAAUAGGGAAAUUGAGUACUCUUAUGUUA